GGUGCGACCAUUCCGGGGGACGCACGGCGCCGGCCAUUGGAAUGGAGGGGCGUGGCCCAGCUCCCUGCGGGGCCUGAGGCUUCUGGGCCAAUGGCCUCGCGUCGUUCGGGCCGGGGCAGGAGGGGCGAGAUGGAGGCGGGGCUUGGAGGCGUGGUCUGGACGAGAGGCGGGGUCGAUUGGAGCUGUCGCAGUGAAAGGCGAGCCUCGGCGGUGGAGGGAGGCGGCGGCAGCAGCAACGGCAGCGUCCGCUGUGUGAGUGUGUAUGUGUGUGUGUGUCUGUUUGCAGGCGCAGGCACGGCGGCGGCGGCGGCGGCGGCGGCUGGAGACGGCAGGGAGGGAGAUCUGCGGCAGCAUCUGGAAGGGGGAAGGUGCGAUGAAACCAGGUGCAGUGGCAGAGGCGCGGCUCCGGCUGCCUGCUCCAUAGCGCCUAGCGGGAACAAACGGCGGCGGCCCCGAGCCUGCAGAGUUGGCCCGGAGAAGACCCCAAGCUCCCGGGGUACCCUAUGCAGCCGCGACAGCAGCAGAAGCCCGACCUCGGCUCGCAUCUUGUAUGACGCGCUGACCGGACCCGGCCAAACGCGGGGGGCUCCCAGGCGGCUAAUGUGCAGCCCCUGAAGUGCCCUGGCAGCUCACAGAGAAGGAAAGUUGUGGACUUGUCCGUUCUGGGAAGCCUCUGGCCGCAAAGUCUGUCCAUCAGUCCGUCGGUCCGUGCUGGGAGAGGGAUCUACUCUAGCAAAGGGAGAGCAGAAGGUGGGGGAGAGGCACGGGUCCGCGGCCGCCCUAUCCCGGGGCGCACCGACAGCGGGUUGUUCUAGAAGCCGCGGACAGCUGUUUUCCCCCCGAAGGUUGCUUCUUGAAACUGUCUAGUACCCCUGGGACUCUGGGGGUCGGAGACAUUUGCCAAGAGGUCUUUCUUCUCCCUGGGCAUCUCUGCGGAAUCUUUUCUCACCUUCUGCGCUCAGUCCGGAGGCGAUCUCUCUUGGGAGUCCAGGGUGGCGGCUGAUCCCCAAGAGAACCUCCCCUAUCAACCUUUUUUCUUGGGGUUUUUUCGAUUCUGAAUCUGGAUUUCCCGUCUGGGAAAAUGUUCUGUCUUCUGGCCUUCAGAGUGUUGAUAGGAAAAAUCUGAGAAAAUGUGAAGGACUUGGAAGUCAACUGCAGGGUCAGAAGAGGGGCAGUCUGGGUCCCCGGGGACGUCCCAAAGAGUAAAGAUCCAUCCCCCCCGCAACACACACACACACCUCCUUGGACGUCAGGGAGCUCGGGUUGUAUCGCACGGAGCGGGCGACUAGACGGCAGAAAUGCGGCAGCCACCGGGCCUCUCCAGCAGCCGCAGGAAUCGCCUCUCCCGGGACUGGCGUCCGCUGGCUGAGCCUUGCUGAAGGCUGGACGACCCUACUGAGCUGCCGAAGAGGAAGAGCUAUCAGCCCUCGCCGCAUUGCCACCACCCCCAGCCCAGCCCCCUUUUCCCCCUUCACCCCCUCCCUUAUCUCCCAGGAUGUCUCUGGGAUUCGCUGGAAACUGAUUCAACUUGUAACUCCGCGGCUAGUCGAGCAGGGACCGUGGCCAGUGGGCCGGGUAGCUGCGAAGCCUUGGCAAACUGCUCCUACCUCCCCGGGGAUUCCACGCUGUCUACCCCUACUCUCCCUCUCCCCAGUUUUCUCGGACUCCUUUGGAAUCGCCUCUCCCCUAUGCGCCCUUGACCCACUCCUCCAGACGCUUGAGGGUCCUUCCUUCUCCGAGGCGGGAGUCGAGGAGGGGGGGGGCUCUCUCUGAUAAGGACCCCGGGAGUUCCCGCUUGUGUUUAGGAUUUGAGCCCGAGCAGACGGAGCGACGGGACAAGAGAGUCAGGGCCCCAGACACUCCUAUAAAGCGGCAGCAAGCUUCUUUGCCCGGGACUCGAGACUCUCCGUCUUCCGCCGGCCUCGCCCCGCUACGGCGGGAGGCUUGGGCCGAAGAUGCUGAUGAGGAAGACGCCCGCCUUUGCCCCAGCCUCCGUCUUCGGGGUGCGCCUUUCACACAAGUUCCUUUUCUUGCUCUUCCUCUCCGGCCUCAUCACCCUGUGCUUCGGGGCCCUCUUCCUCCUGCCCAGCUCAUCCCGUUUCAGGAGACUUUUCCUGCCUCUCCGGCCCCGGCGUCUCGCUACUGGCCCAGGGGCUGGGGAGCCUGAGUCACGGGGCCAGGGUCAAGCCGCGGGGCAGGAACCACCUCCCAACCCAGCCCCAGCCCCAGGAGCAAUGGCUGUAGGGCCUGGCCGAGGGGGGCGACACUCUCCAGGAGGCCCUACUACUCCCUGGGAGGAAGCUGGGGCCACCCGGGGCCAGCAGACUCCGGGAGCAGCCACUGGACUUCCCAAAGCCCCCAAGUCUCGCCCCUUGCCUACCCUGGUCUUCGAGGAGUUCAGGAGCCGCCUCCGGCACCCGGUGCUGGGGUCCAGGGGCAACUCAGAUGCCAAGAGCCUGGCUCAGAGGGAGAAAAUCAAAGAGAUGAUGCAGUUUGCCUGGUAUAACUACAAGCAGUUUGCGCUGGGGAAGAAUGAGCUGCGGCCAGUGACGAAGAAUGGCUACACCGGUGGCAUGUUCGGAGGCCUUGGUGGGGCCACAAUCAUUGAUGCCUUAGACACUCUCUAUAUCAUGGAGCUGGAGGACGAGUUCCAAGAGGCCAAAAACUGGGUGGAGAAGAGCUUUGACUUGGACGUGAAAGGAGACGCCUCCGUAUUUGAGGUCAACAUUCGAUACAUUGGUGGACUGCUCUCGGCCUACUACCUGACAGGAGAAGAGGUGUUCAGAGAGAAGGUCAUCAGACUCGGAGAGAAGCUCUUGCCAGCCUUCAACACCCCCACUGGAAUUCCCCGGGGGAUGGUGAACUUUGGGAGCGGUGUCAGCAGGACCUGGGGCUGGGCAUCUCUGGGGAGCAGCAUCCUAGCAGAGUUUGGAUCCCUCCACCUGGAGUUCCUGCACCUCACCAAGAUCUCUGGCAACCCAGUCUUCGCUAGAAAGGUGAAGAAUAUCCGAAGGGUCCUCAACAGAACCGAGAAGCCCAAAGGCCUUUACCCCAACUUCCUCAGUCCAGUCAGUGGCAGCUGGGUCCAACACCAUGUCUCUAUUGGAGGACUCGGGGACAGUUUCUAUGAAUAUUUGAUCAAGGCCUGGUUGAUGUCAGCCAAGACAGACAUAGAAGCUAAAAAUAUGUACUAUACCGCCCUCGAGGCGAUAGAAACCCACUUGCUGCAGAAGUCCCAGGAAGGACUGACCUACAUCGCUGAGUGGAAAGGGGGCGUCCUGGACCAUAAGAUGGGGCACCUGGCAUGUUUCUCUGGUGGUAUGAUUGCCCUGGGGGCUGAGGAUGCAGAAAUGGGAAAGAGGAACCAUUACAUGGAGCUUGCUGCCCAGAUCACAAAGACGUGUCAUGAGUCUUACAUCCGCACAGAGACUAAGCUGGGUCCGGAGGUGUUUUGGUUUGAUUUUGGGAGUGAAGCCACAACCUCCAGCCCCAGUGAGAGCUACUACAUCCUGCGGCCAGAAGUGGUGGAGAGUUAUAUGUACAUGUGGCGCCUGACCCACGAUCCCAAGUACCGCCAAUGGGGCUGGGAAGUUGUUGAGGCCCUCGAAAAAUACUGCCGGAUAGAAACAGGCUUCUCUGGGAUCCGGAAUGUUUAUACAACAUUUCCUGAACAUGAUAACAUGCAGCAGAGUUUUUUCCUGGCAGAGACACUUAAGUACCUCUAUUUGCUGUUCUCCGAAGAUGAUCUCCUCUCCUUGGAAGAUUGGGUAUUCAACACAGAAGCCCACCCACUCCCAGUGGGCCACAUACACAGUCUGGACAGAGCCCACUAGCCCCUGCCUCUGGACAGCCCCCAUCAUGACUGCCAGGAUCUGAGCACCCCGACAACAGGAUCUGCUUUUCAAGGAAGAGUCAGGCCCAUGUUCCCAACUCAGAUAGACAUCAGGUGGGGCAAUUUCCUUGGAUAGACACCUUCUUUUCCUCUAUGAGGAACCAUGCCAACCUCGAAAUGAGACCUUGGUCAAAGGCCAUUCAGUACACAGAAAUAUGGACAUUCCUUUCUACAGAGAAUUUCUAUGAAACCCACUGACUUUUCAUUCCAGGGGCCAGAGGGAGGAGAAGCCAACUACGAGAGAGGGCCCUUCUCCCCUCUCUCCCAUUCUGUCUUGUUUUGCCUUUUUUCUAUGCAGUUGGAUUCUAUUCCCAUUUUUAAUCACUAUUUUCAAUAUAAUGUGCUUUCUUAUGUGAUGUCAACAUGAUAAACGGAGUCAGCCACUCUUUGCUCCUGUCUUGGCCCCCAUUUUAUAUAUUUUCUGUGCUUUUUACCCAUUUAGAAUUAAUUUCCAAUCAUGUCACCUGGCUCUCUGAUCUGCGGAGAGAGAGUGCCUCUGCUCCUCAAGGUGAAACCGAGUGUUGUCAAUCACUGGUCUUCUCUUCCCAGCUACCCAUGAACCAGAAAAAAAUGCUCUUGUGAAAUAUGGACCAUGGUUGGGUUGAUCAUCCAGCAUCGAGGCCCAGGGAACCCCAUGCUGUAUUAUUGUCUGCAAUAAAAAUUGAUUUAAGAAA